UUUGUUAGCAACGCAAGGGGCGAUCAGGAUACAUGAACUAGAUUAACUCCUAACUGUGGUUUGUUAGUAACAGCAUGAAGCAAUUAGAGACGGUCCUGUUCCAGCACUGCCCUCUUAUGUUGCACUUCAACGUCAAACUGCAGGUGUGUGACUCUCUUGCUCACGCCGUGUCCAGAGAACUACAGUUGCCCAUGUCUCCAGCCUCCACCGCUAUUGCCCCAGUCUCCACCAUGACCACAGCUGUCCCUGUAUCCAAGCGUAACUACAGCUGUCCCAGUCUCCAGUUACACCACUACUGUUCCAGUCUAGACUGUGACCACAACAGUCUCCAAUAUAACCACAUUUUAGAUCGCAUUCGAACCUAUGGUAGAUCCAUCGAUACAAUUGCUUCACUGAUGUUUCCUAGUAUUAUCUUUUUUUUCAAGAAACUUCUUAAGUACAAACAUGCUUUGCCGUAUAUUUCUUGUAACUACGACGGUGAUUCUGAAACAUUCAGCCAAACGACGCAUGGACACCAUAUAGACAUUGACCCCAGCACCUUGUAUCGAUGGCCCUAUAGGUGCUGA